AUGGCUAUAAUCAAUGAAAGCUACCCAAAAGAAUUCAUCAAUGAAAGCCACCCAAAAGAAUUCAUUCUACUGGGCUUUGCUGACCAUCCUUGGCUGGAACUCCCUCUCUUCAUUAUUCUUCUGGUAACAUACCCCAUGGCUUUGAUGGGAAAUAUUGCCAUUAUUCUAGUGUCCACCUUAGAUCCCCGUCUCCACAGCCCCAUGUAUUUCUUCCUCACAAAUCUCUCCUUUCUGGACAUGUGCUAUACCACAAGCAUUGUGCCUCAGAUGCUGUUUAACCUGGGAAGCUCUAGAAAGACUAUUAGUUACAUUGGAUGUGUUGUUCAACUUUAUGUCUUCCAUAUAAUGGGAGGCACAGAAUGUCUGCUUUUGGCAAUUAUGUCCUUUGAUCGCUAUGUGGCUAUCUGCAGACCUCUUCACUACACCCUCAUCAUGAAUCAGCGAGCCUGCAUCUUGUUAGUGUCUAUCAUGUGGCUGACUGGAGUGAUCUUUGCUUUUUCAGAGGCUACACUUACAUUACAAUUGCCAUUGUGUGGCACUCAUAAACUGGAUCACUUAUUGUGCGAAAUUCCAGUUCUCAUAAAAACUGCCUGUGGCGAAAAGGAGGCUAAUGAGCUGGCACUUUCUGUGGUAUGCAUUUUCAUACUAGCUGUUCCUCUAUGCUUGAUUCUUGCUUCUUAUGUUAAUAUUGGAUGUGCUGUAGUCAGAAUUAAAUCUUCUGAAGGAAGGAGAAAAGCCUUUGGAACAUGUUCUUCUCAUCUCAUUGUAGUUUCCUUAUUUUAUGGUCCAGCCAUUAGCAUGUACCUUCAGCCUUCUUCAUCCAUCACAAGGGACCAACCCAAGUUCAUGGCUCUCUUUUAUGCAGUGAUAACUCCUACACUGAAUCCCUUCAUCUACACCCUACGGAAUAAGGAUGUAAAGGGGGCCUUAAAAAAGCUGCUGAGAAACAUUUUCAGUUCAAAGUGGAAGUUCAUUGAUAUCAAGUGA